AUGAUUCUCUCCUCUAAUCCGAAUAGUGUCACAAGAAAGUCCACAGCCCUGAGGCGUAGUGUCCGCAGAGCCAGGGGCGGUACUCACACGGCUGUGCCUAGCAAUGAUCUUGAGGGUGGUUAUGCCUCCACACAUAGCACUGAGACAAUCGGCCAUAGUCAAGCGAGAGCUUCUCUUGGCAAGGCUCGCAUCGACAUCAUAGCCGCCUCUACUGGGAAUCGGACCAAAGAAGCCCAGGUGUGGGCUUGGUUGAGGGAUGCUGAUCGGCCCUGGGAAGGCUUCAGUUUGUCGGACGUAUGCAGUCCACAAGUCGUUCAAAAACCGGCGAAAGGUCUUUCCUACAAAACGAAGAGGGAUCGAGGUCUAUCCUCUCAAAGAGAGCAGGACCAAAGUGACCUAGGCAACAGAUCCCGGCCGGUGGCUUCAGAAGGUAGCUUAUUCAGGGAACAGGGGGAGGGACCACAACCAAAAAGGCCUUUUGCGGAAUCUCUAGUAAGCUCACAGCCCGAUUUGUUCGACAGCGCUCUGAUAUGCUGCCAUCAGUAAAGUGAUCCCGAUCUUUGCAGAGUCCCAACGCGAAAACAGGGAGCCCAAUAUCCUGUUGACCAUUGCUUCAACUGUGGACUUCACCGAAUACUGGCCUGCUCUCUUUGAGUCCUCUUUCCUUUUCGAGGUACCUGAGGCACAGGAUAUCACGCCACGUCUUAUCCCAGCCAACAACGUAAUUGGACAUGCAACCGCACGAUGCAGAUAUUUGGGAUGCAAGGGAUCCAAACAUGGCUAACACUGCUGCAAACUAGCGAAUUGUGGUGUCCUCAUCAACAAUAGCCAAAGGCGCAUGCGGCAACGAUUGUGACAUGCGAGUCUAGUUUGCAGUAGUUUUUUUUGGGGGGGUGAAAGAUGGGGGUACCGUGGAUGUUUGACAUUGUUCAGCUGGUUAAGCAAACCAACAUCGAUGCCACCCUGAGUUACAAGGAUGGAUGAGGGUCAGCGGGGUAAUCAUAUUUUGAACAACUUCAGGGUUUUAUCUUCUUCUCAGCGCAGUCAUUAGUAGCAUGAAGGAAUACAAUGUGAUUGUGUACUGGUA